AUGGGUGAAGAGAUCAAGGAAAAGAAGAGAAAGUUGUCGGAGGAGGAGAAGCAGGAGAAGAAAAGAUUGAAGAAGGAGAAGAAGGAGAAGUCCGAGAAGAAGGAUAAGCACGAGAAGAAGGAGAAGAAGGAGAAGAAGGAAAAGAAGGAGAAGUCCGAGAAGAAGGAGAAGAAGGAAAAGAAGGACAAGGGCAAAGAAUCAAAACAAGAGGACAAAUCUGAUGCUCUAUCUGUGUCUGGCUCCUACGUCCAAUCAGCAGAGCUCUCAAGUGUCCCGCAGUCAGAGGUUGAUGAGUUCUUCAAGAAGAACGAAGUCACUGUUGAAGACCCACGUUCCUCUACAUUACGUCCACUUCUUUCGUUCUCACACAUCUCACUCUCUCCAAAGAUUCAGCAAGAGAUUGCCAAGUUCCCACAGCCAACACCUAUCCAGGCUGUUUCAUGGCCAUACCUUUUGUCCAACCGUGACGUUAUUGGUGUUGCUGAGACUGGUUCUGGUAAGACAUUAGCCUUUGGUGUUCCAGCUGUCAACAACCUGGUGACAACUGGUAAGACAAAGGGAAUCAAGGUUCUCGUCAUUUCCCCUACAAGAGAGUUGGCAUCUCAGAUCUAUGACAACUUGAAGAACUUGACAGACAAGACAAACUUGAACAUUGUAUGUCUCUACGGUGGUGUUCCAAAGGAUCAACAACGUAAAGACCUCGUUAGAGCAAACAUCGUCAUUGCCACCCCAGGUAGACUCAUUGAUUUGAUGAAUGAGGGUGCUGUAGAUCUCUCACAGGUCUCUUACUUGGUGUUGGAUGAGGCUGAUAGAAUGUUGGAGAAGGGAUUCGAAGAAGACAUCAAGAACGUUAUGAGAUCUUCAACCUCACCAGACAGACAGACUCUUAUGUUUACAGCCACUUGGCCAAAGGAGGUUAGAGAAUUGGCCCAAGGAUUCAUGAAGGAACCGGUCAAAGUGUCCAUCGGUGACCGUGAUGAGUUGAGUGCCAACAAGAGAAUCACCCAAAUCGUUGAAGUUGUUGAUCCAAGAGGUAAAGAGUACAAGCUUCUUGAUCUCUUGAAGAAGUACCAAUCUGGUUCCAAGAAGGAUGACAAAGUGCUAAUCUUUGCCCUUUAUAAGAAAGAAGCUGCCCGUAUCGAGAGAAUGCUCGAGAGUAAAGGAUACCACGUUGCUGCUAUUCACGGUGAUCUAUCACAACAACAGAGAACAGCAGCUUUGGACAGUUUCAAGAAGGGAAGAUCCAACCUGUUGUUGGCAACGGAUGUUGCAGCUAGAGGUUUGGAUAUUCCAAAUGUGAAGACCGUCAUUAACUUGACUUUCCCGUUGACAGUUGAAGACUACGUCCAUAGAAUUGGUAGAACCGGUAGAGCUGGUCAAACAGGUGUGGCACAUACGCUCUUCACAGAGAAUGAGAAGCAUUUAAGUGGUGCUCUCAUCAACGUGUUGAAAGGUGCCAACCAACCAGUUCCAGACGAACUCUUAAAAUUUGGUUCCCAUACAAAGAAGAAGGAACACGGUGCCUACGGUGCAUUCUUCAAAGAUGUUGAUAUGACCAAGAAGCCAAAGAAGAUUACCUUUGACUAG